AUGCUCUCACUUCUGAUCUCGUUUGCCCAGACCCAAGCAAAUGCGCAUCCUGUGCGAUCCGUUCUCAUCAUACUUCUCCUGUUACCAUUGUCCUAUCUUGUGACCAACGAAUUUGUACGGAGGAAGGCGCGAAUUCCAGGUUUCCGUGGGCCACCAGGAAUACCAGUGUUUGGAAACAUCCCAGACAUCAAGUACAAUGCCGCGGAAAAGUACCGAGAGUGGUCGAAAACAUAUGGCGAUGUGUACCAGAUCCAACUAGGAAACAUUCCUGUCAUUGUGUGCAAUUCGGCCGAGUCUUGUCGUGUUCUCUUUGGACAUUUCUCACAGGCUCUUAGCUCGAGGCCGGUCUUUUACACUUUCCAUAAGGUGUUAUCCAAUACAGCAGGAACAACCAUCGGAACGUCACCCUUCAGCGAGAGUCUCAAACGUCGUCGUAAAGGUGCUGCGUCUGCGCUGAACAAGCCCUCGGUUGCCAGUUAUGUCGACCAUCUCGACGUGGAGACUCUGGCGUUCGUUAAGGAGGGUCUGGAGCACGGAGCUGCUGGUACACAGUCUGUUGACCCAAUGCCGAUGAUACAACGCCUGAGUCUGAGCUUGGCCUUGACACUGAACUGGGGAACUCGCAUGGGAAGUCGAGAUGAUCCCAUGUUCCAUGAAAUCACAGAGGUCGAAGAAGAGAUCUCCAAGUUCAGAAGUACCUCAGGAAACAUGCAAGACUAUGUGCCGUUCCUCCGUCUGAACCCAUUCAGUGUUGGCUCCAAGCGAGCCAAGGAGAUGAGACAGCGCCGCGAUGUAUAUCUGACCAAGUUGAACAAAGACCUGGACGAUCGCAUGGAGAAGGGAACACAUAAGCCUUGUAUCCAAGCCAACAUCAUCCAGGACAAGGAAGCCAAGCUCAACAAAGAAGAGCUUACAAGUAUUAGCUUGACCAUGCUCAGCGGAGGACUGGACACGGUGACGACACUGGUAGCGUGGAGCAUUGCGCUCCUGGGACAACGACCAGACAUUCAGGAGAAGGCGAUACAAGAGAUCCGAAAGAUGUUCAGCGAAGACCAGAUACUUUGCGCGCCUGAGGAUGACAUGAAGUGCGCAUAUGUGAUGGCGUUGGUCAAAGAGUGUCUAAGGUACUACACAGUGCUACGGUUGGCUCUUCCUCGAGCUACGGUCAAGGACAUAAGGUAUGAAGGCAAGCUGAUUCCGGCGGGAACAACGAUAUAUCUCAAUGCAUGGGCGUGCAACAUGGACCCAGCAGUGUGGAAGGAUGCCGAGGUUUUCAGACCGGAAAGAUGGCUCGAGCAGCCAGACGCACCUCUCUUCACGUAUGGAGUUGGAUACCGAAUGUGUGCGGGAAGCUUGCUGGCGAACAGAGAGCUGUACCUCGUGUUCAUGAGGAUGCUGAGCAGCUUCGAGAUCGAGAGGGGAACAGAGGUCGAAACACAUCCGAUCAAGGGCAGCUCUGACCCAACGAGUCUGGUGGCAUUGCCGCAUCGCUACAAGGUCAAGUUCAGGCCACGCAACGAGGACAAGCUUAGGGAGCAGAUUGCAGCAAGGGAGAAGAUUGUGGGCGAGUAUUAG